AAAAAAGUUAAAAACAAACAAAAUCUUCCAUGGAACCCAUGAAAGGCUGGAAUUUGGCUUGAUCUCAUUCGCCUCUGGUUUCACCACAAAUCGAUCAUCCAACAACUUUCAUUCCAACAACCGAGGGUGCUGUGAGGCAGAGAGGCUUUCUAAGGGGUGGGUUGGGCGCCACACCUUGCGCGCCCCGGGGCCCGAGGAGACGUUCCUGGAGAAGAGCCUGGCUACUUUUGCCUCAGACGAGUCUGGAGCGUCGGGUUAACCGGUCUGAAGUCCCAAGCGCUUUCUGGGACUGCUCAGCCAGCCACCGGCAGGUCCCGGCACCAGGGGACGCCAGACGCCCUCUGGACAUUCGGCGCGCUUGCCACGAUCUUGGACGGGCCUCGGGCCUCGACCUUUGGAUUCCCCGCUCCGGCUCCAAGAUGUCAGCAACGCUGAUCCUGGAGCCCCCGGGCCGCUGCUGCUGGAACGAGCCGGUGCGCAUUGCAGUGCGCGGCCUGGCCCCGGAGCAGCGGGUCACGCUGCGCGCGUCCCUGCGCGACGAGAAGGGCGCGCUCUUCCGGGCCCACGCGCGCUACUGCGCCGACGCCCGCGGCGACCUGGACCUGGAGCGCGCGCCCGCGCUGGGCGGCAGCUUCGCGGGACUCGAGCCCAUGGGGCUGCUCUGGGCCCUGGAACCCGAGAAGCCUUUUUGGCGCUUCCUGAAGCGGGACGUAGAGAUUCCCUUUGUCGUGGAGUUGGAGGUACUGGACGGCCACGACCCCGAACCUGGACGGCUGCUGUGCCAGGCGCGGCACGAGCGCCUCUUCCUCCCGCCGGGGGUGCGGCGCGAGUCGGUGCGCGCGGGCAGGGUGCGCGCCACGCUCUUCCUGCCGCCAGGACCUGGACCCUUCCCAGGGAUCAUUGACAUCUUUGGUAUUGGAGGGGGCCUGUUGGAAUAUCGAGCCAGCCUCCUUGCUGGCCAUGGCUUUGCUACGUUGGCUCUAGCUUAUUAUAACUUUGAAGAUCUCCCCAAGAACAUGGACAACAUAUCCCUGGAGUACUUCGAAGAAGCCCUGUGCUACAUGCUUCAACAUCCCCAGGUAAAAGGCCCAGGCAUUGGGCUUUUGGGCAUUUCUUUAGGAGCUGAUAUUUGUCUCUCAAUGGCCUCAUUCUUGAAGAAUGUCUCAGCCACGGUUUCCAUCAAUGGAUCUGGGAUCAGUGGGAACAAAGCCAUCAACUAUAAGCACAGUAGCAUUCCACCAUUGGGCUAUGACCUGAGGAGAAUCAAGGUAGCUUUCUCGGGCCUCAUGGACAUCGUGGAUAUAAGGAAUGAUCUCGUAGGAGGGUAUGAGAACUCCAGCAUGAUUCCAGUAGAGAAGGCCCAGGGGCCCAUCCUGCUCAUCGUCGGUCAGGAUGACCAUAACUGGAGGAGUGAGUUGUAUGCCCAAAAAGUCUCUGAACGGUUACAGGCCCAUGGAAAGGAAAAACCCCAGAUCAUCUGUUACCCUGGGACUGGGCAUUACAUCGAGCCUCCUUACUUCCCCCUGUGCCCAGCUUCCCUUCACGAAUUAGUAAACAAACAUGUGAUGUGGGGUGGGGAGCCCAGGGCUCAUUCUAAGGCCCAGGUAGAUGCCUGGAAGCAGAUUCUAGCCUUCUUCUGCAAACACCUGGGAGGUACCCAGAAAACAGCUUUCCCUAAAUUGUAAUGCAUUUGUCUAUUGUUGACAUGAGAGAUUCAAGAUCAGGUUCUAGUGUUCAGUAACCCUAUGUGAAUCAGCUGUCUCCUGGAUAACAUUAAAGCCAUGUCCUUGUCAUUA